AUGGUAAUCGAACACAAUAAUUCGAAAUUUGGUAAAAUUAGUUUUAAAUUGAAUACUAAAACUAUUGAAAGCUUUGCUGCUGAGAAAGAUGCGAAUCAAUCGAAUUCUGAUGUAGCAACGAUAAAUUCUGAACUAGAAUCAGUGAAAGAUGUAAAUACAAAUAUCGAUAAAAUAAAUAAACCAGAUUCAGAAGGUAGUUCAGGAUUUGGUACUUUUGGUAAAAAACCAAUUGAACAAAAUACUGAAGCGAUAGUGGAAAUAAAGCAUGAAGAUGAAGAAGAGAAUAAUAAAUUAAACGUAAUCAUGGGUAUGUCAUCGUUUGGUAAAAAAGCUCGAUGUUUUGAUGUAAAAGAAAUGAUGGAAAAUAUCAAAAAAACAAUUGAUAGUACUAAAUCAGUGAACGUAAAAGAUAGUGAUACUUUUAAAUAUAAAAGUAAAACUUCGAAUGAAAUUAAAUUAUGUACAAGCGACGAUAGCAGUGACGAUGACGAUGAUUUAAUUGGCCCUCCAAUACCAUUAUCAUUAGCAAAUUGUAAUGCGGAUGAAAAUUCAAAAUCAACAUCAAAUACCAGAAAUAAUGAAAGUAGGAGUUUUAACGAUAAUGAGGAUGAUGAUGACGACGACGAUGACGACGACGACGACGACGACGACGACGACGACGACGACAAUGAAGAUGAUAAUGAUCAAGAAGAAAAUGAUCUGUUUAAUAGGAUCCCUUUUAAUCAAGAAAUGUCAAUGACUCAUGGCACUAAAGCUGUGACUGCUAUAGCAGCUGAUCCUUCUGGAGCUAGACUUGCCUCAGGAUCGGUUGAUUAUGAUCUUUCAUUUUGGGAUUUUGGUGGAAUGGAUACUUCUUUGAAGAGUUUUAGAACUCUGCAGCCAUGUGAAAACCAUCCUAUUAGAUGCCUUCAAUAUUCAAUAACUGGUGAUGUUAUUUUAGUAAUUUCUGGAUCAGCGCAAGCAAAGGUUCUUGAUAGAGAUGGUUUUGAGAAAUGUGAAACGAUAAAAGGAGAUCAAUAUAUUACUGAUAUGGCUAGAACAAAGGGACAUACUGCUUCUCUAAAUAGUGGAACUUGGCAUCCAAUUAUUAAAGAAGAGUAUCUUACUUGUUCUCAAGAUAGUACAUGUAGAAUUUGGGUUCUAUAUAAACCGAAAGCUCAUAAAGCAGUAAUAAAAUGUAGAGCUCAAAAUGGAGUGAAAACUGUACCAACUUGCUGUGCUUACAGUAGGGAGGGUAACGUUGUUGCAUGUGGCUGUGCUGAUGGUUCGAUACAGAUGUGGGAUCACAGGAAAAAUUUUGUUAAUCCAUCGCUAAUUAAUAGAACUGCACAUGCGCAGGGCUCAGAUAUUUCAUGUCUUAGUUUUUCUUACCUUGGUUUUAUGCUGUCCUCUCGCAGCUGCGACGAUACUCUCAAGCUUUGGGAUUUAAGAUCUUUCAAAGCACCGCUUUUUACAAUUUCAAAUUUAUUCUCUAGAUAUGAUUCUACCGAUUGUAUGUUCAGUCCAGAUGAUUCCAUGAUUUUAACCGGUGAAUCUCUGAUAAAGGGACGGUCUGCAGGUCGAUGCUUGUUUUACAAUACAAAGACUUCCGAAUUAGUUCAUCAAAUUGAAGUCACUAACUCCCAUGUAAUUAAAACUUUAUGGCAUCCAAAGUUGAAUCAGAUAUUUGUUGGCUGUGGCAAUGGUAUAGUGAAGGUAUAUUAUGAUAUAAAGAAAAGCUUACGGGGAGCCAAGUUGUGUGCAGUGAAACAGAAAAAUAAACAGAAACAUGUCGAGAUGAUGUCUACGCAACAGAUAAUUACGCCUCAUGCAUUGCCAUUAUUUAGACAAGAUCGACCUAAAUCCAUUAGAAAACAAAUGGAAAAAGACAGAUUAGAUCCCGUCAAAUCUAGAAGACCGGAUCUACCAAUCACAUCUGGACAAGGUGGUAGAGUUGCUUCUUCAGGUGGUACACUCAGCUCUUAUGUAAUUAGAAAUUUAGGAUUAAGCAAAAGAAUCGAAGAUGAUCAAGAUCCUCGAGAGGCUAUUUUAAAAUAUGCUAAGAUAGCGGAAGAAGAUCCUUACUGGAUCACUCCAGCAUAUAAAAAGAAUCAGCCUGAACAAAUUUUUCAAAAUAAUGCUGAAGAUGAUAGCGAUGAACCAUCAAAUAAAAAGCAAAAAUCAUAAUAUAAGUUAA